CCUCCUAACUUCUUACCUUGACAAGCACACCUGGAUUCAACACACGGAAGUAAAGUGUCGAGAUUCCUGAAUCAGUCGUCCUGAAUUUAGUUACGUGGCUGUUUCCCUCACGGUCCGACACGGUUGGAAUUCUGUUUGGGAUAAAAUCAGACCUUUUUUUAAACGAUUCCGGAUGAACCUCAGAGACUCUGAUUAUACACGAACAGCUCAAUACGAACCAGGCUUUUCGCAAGUGGACUAUUUUAUUCGUCUUUAUAGUGUAUUGUCUAACGAAUACUGAAGUGAUUUUAGUUGGAUUGUAACUUUAUUAGAAGUUUCCCGCGUUGGAAUUCUGCUUGGAAUAAAUCCUGACCUUUCUGGAUGAGACUUGGAUUGUAUGUUUUUACUGGCAUACCGUAUGUUAUGGCAAUAUAGUCUGGGUUUAAGAGUCAGUGAUGUUGCUCACAUCGUGCGUCAGGUGAAUCAUUGUCUGCAACGCUUCAGAAAGACACACACCCCACUAUUCAUUGCCACCACAGAAGAAUGACUUUGAUCCGCAGACUGCUACGCAGGCGUUUACACCCAUGGAAGGUUGCCAUUGUGGCACUAGUGUUUGUCACAUUUUUGUUCCUUAUGCAAAGAGAGGUGGUCAGUCAGAGCCCACAGGAGGAGCCCUGGCUAAAAGGAAUUGCACAGAAACGGGACACCAUGCUGGGCAUGGUAAUGGGGGCCGUGAAUAACUUUAGGGAUGUCAUGCCAAAGAUGCAGAUCCGAGCCCCUGUCAGGCAGCAGCAGAGCAGGAGCAGUCAGCCCUGUCUGCCUGGUUACUACACAGCCUCAGAGCUGAGGCCUAUGCUGGAACGGCCCCCACAAAAUCCCAAUGCCCCAGGUGCCUCGGGGAAACCCUUCCAUACAGAGAACCUUGGCCCAGCUGAGCAGAAGGAGAAGGAGAAAGGCGAGGAAAAACACUGCUUUAACCUGUACGCUAGUGAUCGUAUCUCACUAAGCCGAGACCUCGGCCCUGAUACGAGGCCUCCAGAAUGCAUAGAGCAGACAUUUAGGCGCUGCCCACCCUUGCCGACCACAAGUGUGAUCAUCGUGUUCCACAACGAGGCGUGGAGCACGUUGCUGCGGACUGUCUACAGUGUGCUCCACACCUCUCCUGCCCUUCUUCUUAAAGAGAUCAUCCUUGUUGAUGAUGCCAGCAUAGACGAACGACUGAAGGAGGAGCUGGAUGAGUAUCUCAAGCAACUGCACAUUGUGCGUGUGGUGCGACAAUUCGAAAGAAAAGGUCUCAUCACUGCUCGACUGCUGGGAGCCUCAGUAGCCACUGGAGACACCCUCACUUUCCUCGAUGCUCACUGUGAAUGUUUUCAUGGCUGGCUGGAGCCUUUGUUAGCCAGGAUAGCAGAGAACUACACUGCAGUGGUGAGUCCAGACAUUACAACUAUCGACCUGAACACGUUUGAGUUCAUGAAGCCUUCUCCAUAUGGGCAGAACCACAACCGGGGCAACUUUGACUGGGCCUUGUCCUUUGGCUGGGAGAGUUUGCCUGAUCAUGAAAAAAAGCGGCGCAAAGAUGAGACCUACCCCAUCAAAACACCAGCAUUUGCUGGAGGACUGUUCUCUAUCUCUAGAGAUUAUUUCUAUCACAUUGGGAGCUAUGAUGAGGAGAUGGAGAUCUGGGGAGGAGAGAAUAUUGAAAUGUCCUUCAGGGUGUGGCAGUGUGGGGGUCAGCUGGAAAUCAUUCCCUGCUCCAUUGUGGGCCAUGUGUUCCGCACCAAAAGCCCACACACUUUCCCCAAAGGCACUCAAGUAAUUGCUCGUAAUCAGGUGAGGCUGGCUGAGGUCUGGAUGGAUGACUACAAGGAGAUCUUCUACCGCAGGAACCAGCAGGCGGCGCAGAUGUCUAAAGAGAGAAUGUUUGGAGACGUCUCUAAGCGCUUGGAACUCCGUGAGAGGCUGCAGUGUAAGAGCUUCUCCUGGUAUUUAAAGAACGUCUACCCUGAGGUCUUCAUGCCUGAUCUCAACCCAUUGCAGUUUGGCUCGAUAAAGAAUGCAGGGAAGGACAUGUGUCUGGAUGUAGGAGAGAACAAUGAGGGAGGCAAGCCACUCAUAAUGUAUCCAUGCCAUGGCCUCGGAGGCAACCAGUAUUUUGAGUUUUCAACGCACCAUGAAAUACGACACAACAUUCAGAAGGAGCUUUGUCUGCAUGCAACUGAUGGGACAGUGAAACUCCAGGAUUGUCAGUAUAAAGGCCACAACUCCUUCACUGGACCUGAACAGAAAUGGGACCUGCAGGAGAUCUUCUACUUAGAAGCCAAGAAAUCUCAGAAUUGAACUGAACCCUACAAAGGAUUUUUGCACUGGACAACACAGAGCAAGAUAUUGUGAGGGAGUUACAUAGUAACUCCUGAUAUACCCCACCCCAGCCCUACCUUUUUGGAGGCUUUUUGUGUACAGUCCUCAUUGUUUCAUACAAAAGGUGGCUGAGUUUAUAAUGGCAAAUAACACAUUCUGAACCCCACCUGAAAGCAAAAAUAUUUCCAGUACGUCAUUAAUCAGAACCAGUUUCGAGAGCUAUCUCCAUGAUAUAGUGCAUUUCACAACACAGUGUGAUCUCUUAAAGAAACUGAUUAAAAAGUAGGCCAUAUUUAACAUAAGCAAUCUUUUUAGUCUCAAACUGGCAUCCAAAGCCUGAUAAGACAGAAUGACUUAGUUACACACUAACCAAGGCCAACGAUGAUUCUAAUGUCUAGUAGGAAUGUAUAUGAGAAAUUUAAAUAUCAGUUUUGUAAAAUGUAUGUGUGUGUGUAUAUGUAUGUAUACUGUAUGUGUGUGUGUGUGUAUGUGUGAGUGAGUA